CAUACUUGAGCUUUAAUUUGUUCAUUGGUUUCCUCAUCACCAUCUUCUUCUUCUUCCUUCUUCUUCUUCUAUAGAGAGAGAGAGAGAGAGGCACAGAGAGAUGGGGAAUUGCCAAGCCAUUGAUGCAGCAACGCUAGAGCUACAACACCCAAAUGGGAAAGUGGAUAAGUUUUAUUGGUCUGUGAGCGCAAGUGAGAUCAUGAAGAUGAAUCCUGGUCACUAUGUUGCUCUGCUCAUCUCCACCGCCUUGUGUCCAUCCAACAAUGGCAAGGAAGAUUGCACGGCAAAGAAUGACAUCAUCAUCAACAAAAACAACAACAAUAAUAACAACCAGGUUCGUGUAACAAGGAUCAAGCUGCUCAGACCGACAGACACCCUUGUUCUUGGACAAGUUUAUAGACUCAUCACAGCUCAAGAGGUUAUGAAAGGGUUGUGGGCAAAGAAGCAAGCAAAGAUGAAGAAAAACCAGUCAGAAUCAGGAGAGAAGACAGAGAGGGUAAAGGAGAAGUCAGAGACAACAGCAAGAAGAUCUGAGCAGGAGAAGGCCGACAACCAUGUGAGCAAGCAUGAGAGACACCGAUCAUCGAGGACACCAACACCAACAUCAUCAACAAACAACUCUGCCACAGCCAGGCCAAGAACAUGGCAACCAUCGUUGCACAGCAUCUCAGAGGCUGCCAGUUGACCAUGUUUUCCAAUCCUUUUAAACAUGCUAAUUGCUUGCUGCGUAAAAGACACAGAAGCUAUGGAUCACUACACCUGUUCAAUUUAUCCAUCCUGGCUACUACACAUGACCCCUUAAACCUAUGGAAAUAAUUUUGGUGGAUUCUGGGAGGGCAAGUUGUGAGACGAGUGAUCAAAAUUUUUUUUUUUUUUUUCCUAUUUCAGAGAUCUGGGUAAUGCAUAAAUUGUGUAUAGCAAAGGGGCACAUGUCCAAUAUCAUUGUAAUCAAAUGGUCUUGUGGAAUGGAAGUAGACGCCUUGUUAGA